AUGGUCGAUCCAGCAUCAUGGGCAAAGAUGUUCUUCCGUUCCGUCUUCUCUGUCUUCAGUCCCUCAACAACGACAGUCUGGCAGAACAACAUCGCCUACUCCAUCACACUGCACAACCCUCGUGUGCUCCUCUACCGGGGUCCGGAAACCUACAUCACCUUCUCCAUCUACGCGCAAGCCUUCUCCGCUGAGGCACGCAAGCAGCUCGAUGGCCUUUCUUCCGGCCAGGUCACCGAGAUCGUAAAGGGCACGAAUGUUCAGCUCGUACAAAAGGGAUGGAUCGCCGGUGCUGUCGGUUGGAACGCUGCUGGAUACAUGGGUGUAGCUACCAAGAAGGGUUGGGACAUUACACCUAAAGGCAACGCUUCGUGGAAGGACACUCAGGCGGAGUCCUCCUCCCUCUCGAUCCAGCAACAGGAAGACGAAGACUACGGAGAGAAGCCUCAGCGUCACUCAUCCUCAAGCAGCUCGACGGAGGAGUAUGAGAUGCAGAAGCUUGGCAAGUCCGACUCUGCUUCCACGGCUUCAUCUGAGCUCAAGGAGACCAGACACAUUGCACUCAAACGCAAGGAAAAGAUUGACAAGCAGAUCCGUGCCCAGUCGUCCAGCGUUGACACUGUUGAUACUGGCUCUUCCUCCUCCACUCGUGUUCUCGGUACCUACAAGUGCCGUAUCCCCGUCGAAACCGGUGAUGGCUACUUCCGUCUCUGGGUCACUGUUCCCUCAGCCGUAUCUCGAGGUCAAAUCGGUAUCGGAAGCCCAACUUUCCGUCUUUUCUCCUUCUCUCUCACAUCGGCUUCUCCUCGUGGUGCCGCUCUUCUUCCGGUGCCCGUCAUUGUUCCAGAGCUCGCCCUUCGCUCCAUCUCUCUCGCUCUUACCACUUUGCUGUACGGUCUCUUUCCAGUCGCCGCUAUCAUCGACAAGAUCCUCCCCAGGUGGAUGUCUCGAAAGUUCAUCAACUGGAUCUACACUCGUGUCGGCGCAAAGGGUAAAACUGAUCAGCUCAAAGAAAAGUACCAGGUCGACAGGAAGGUGGAACAGGCUAAAGAACAGGUAAAGAAGGUUCCCUUUGCAAGUGCUGGUAUUAGGACCGAUUGGGAUAUCGAAAGAGAUGCUAAGCGUGGUCGUGGUGGAUGGUCUUACUACUGGUGA